UGUUUUGGAUGUGCGAGACAUUGCAGUCGAAAGAUAUACAUGUUUGCUUCUGAAUUAUUUGUGUAAUACCAUGAAUUAUAUUUUAAAUAAUCAAAAUGAAAAGAGCAAGUGCACGGGCGUCAGAGAUAAGAAAGACAUGAUAUUUGCUUUCCAGACCUCCUUCUUCGCAAUGUGUCGCUUGUCUUCGUUUCCAUGGUCUGCUCUUGAAAUUGAACUACGGAAUGAUGAAUCCCCCGAGAUUCUCCUCGAAAUUCUUCAACAGACGUGCCGUCAUUCGCUAUGUAGAAAGACUCCUCCGUCCGUCAAAUAUAGGCGACUCUUCCUCUCCGAAUUGAUAAAAAGGCACGAAGCCACAACGUCAGAACCACUGGACGAACUGUACGAGGCUUUUGGGGAAAUUCUGGGAGUAGAGGAAGAACCGACGUGUUACAAAAGUUACUUACUGCCGUCAGGGGACGCUGUCAGCCUUUCGGAGAGCACGGCCCUCAUCUCAGAGGGUACCACGGGCCUGGUGACGUGGGAAGCUGCUCUCUGCCUGGCAGAGUGGGCACUGGACAAUCUGCAGGUCUUCAGUGGCAGGACUGUGCUGGAGCUUGGCAGUGGAGUGGGGCUGACGGGUGUGGCGAUUUGUAGGUCCUGCAGCCCCAGGAGGUACGUGUUCAGCGACUGCCACCCCAGCGUUCUGCAGCGGUUGCAUAGCAACAUGCAGCUCAAUGGUCUGGUGGUGGCAGAUGACCCCAAUGUGACCGUGACCGUCAGGGAACUGGACUGGGAAACCGUCACGGAGGAUCGGCUGCGGGAGCUUGGAGCUGACACGGUCAUUGCUGCAGAUGUGGUGUAUGACCCUGCUAUUAUCAGCUGUCUGGUGGGGCUGCUGUCUAAGCUUUUGAGGUGUGCAGUCCAGGGCACCCAUCCGGACAUAUACAUUUCUUCAACCAUCCGAAAUCCUGAAACCUACAGCUGCUUCAAGAGCGAGCUCAAAAAUGCUGGGAUCAGAUACCAGAUCCUCAAAGGUCCCAUCACCCCAGUCUUCCCAUACAACAGAAGCACCUCCAUAGAACUGAUAAAGCUGUUUUUAUAA